UCUGCUUUAAUGUUAAAAACCACGUGACCUUGCUGACGACCUCUGGUUUGGUAUUUAAUAUCGUCCGUCAUUUGGUCAUUUGCUCUUGUGAUUUCAUGAUAAACAUAGAUUCGUGUUAACGAUUAGAUUAUCGUCAUCUUUAAAAUAGUUCAAAAUUAUUGGACUCUUCAAGAGUUUUAGAUCGAUUCAUAACAUCGUUAAAAAUUUUGAUACAAAUAUGAUACGAACCAUAUCGAGCAUACGGAUGGCCCGCGCUAUCGUUCGUGGUUCUGUACGAACCAACACCGUGAGAUCUAUAGUUAUUCGCUAUCUUCACAGAAAACAUCAACAAAGAGUUCUUAUUCAGCAUCACAGUGUUUUAUAUGAUACAUCAACACCAUGGCAACAACAAUUAAGGUUUUAUGUGGAUUAUCCCAGUCACAUCAAAGUCCCUCUUCCAGCAUUGUCUCCUACCAUGGAGACAGGAACAAUAAUUAGUUGGCAGAAAAAAGAAGGUGAUAAGUUGAAUGAAGGUGAUUUACUAGCAGAGAUCGAAACAGAUAAAGCCACAAUGGGAUUUGAAACCCCUGAAGAAGGUUAUCUGGCCAAAAUUCUGGUACCUGCUGGAACAAAAAAUGUGCCCAUAGGCAAAUUGGUUUGCAUUAUUGUAUCGGAUGAAUCUAGCAUAGCUGCAUUUAAAGACUUUAAAGAUGAUACAGUGGCUGCUCCUCCUGUACUGCCUUCACCAGCAGUUCCAACACCAUCUGCACCACCACUGACACCUACAAUAUCACCAGCACCAGCUGUGGCAAAAGCUCCUGUUAGUCCACCCCCUUCUGGGGAUAGAAUAUAUGCUAGUCCAUUAGCGAGAAGAUUAGCAGUGGAAAAAGGACUUAGUUUACAGGGUCUAAAAGGAACAGGCUUAUAUGGUUCUGUAACGUCCAAAGAUUUGGAAGGUGCUGUUACAGUACAACCAGGAAUAUCAGCAACUGGGGCACCUGGUGGACUAGAUAUUUCUAUAUCAAACAUACGUGCUGUUAUUGCUAAACGUUUGUUAGAAAGCAAGCAAACAAUUCCACAUUAUUAUCUUUCGAUAGAUGUGAAAAUGGAUGCUGCAUUAGUAAUGCGAGAACAAUUUAAUAAAUUAUUAGAAAAAGAUAAGGUAAAAUUGAGUGUCAAUGACAUUAUCAUUAAAGGAAUGGCUAUGGCUUGUAAAAAAGUUCCAGAAGGCAACAGUGCGUGGCUAGGAAAUAUAAUUAGACAAUACAAUAAUGUAGAUGUUAGUGUAGCAGUAAGCACAGACAGUGGUCUAAUUACUCCGAUAGUGUUUGGUGCUGAUACAAAAGGUAUAGCACAAAUUAGUAAAGAAGUAAAGGCAUUAGCUGCGAAGGCAAGAGAAGGAAAAUUACAACCGCAAGAAUUUCAAGGAGGAACAAUUACUGUGUCUAAUUUAGGCAUGUUUGGAAUUAAAAAUUUUGCUGCUAUAAUAAAUCCUCCGCAAUCUAUUAUUCUUGCUGUAGGAACCACAGAGACUAGACUGAUACCUGCCAAAAAUGAGAAAGGAUUCAUAACUGCCCAAUAUAUGUCUGUAACUGCUAGCUGCGAUCACCGUACUAUUGAUGGUGCGGUAGGUGCACAAUGGUUAGUUGCUUUUAAGGAUUUUAUAGAGAAUCCGACAACGAUGCUUCUGUAAUUAUUAAAUCGCUAUUGAUUUAUCAAUUGAGUAAUUCGAACGGCACAAGUAACAGAAAUGUUACUUCAAAUAGAAUAACAACAUACAAAGGAUUAUUUAUGUAUUAUUGUUAUCAAGAUUGUUGUAAAAUUGAUUUAAUUUA